AACGGCUGCGGAAGGAUGCUGCUCUUCCCGGCGCAAAGACCCGAAGCAAGGAAAAUGCUGCCUUUUCGUAUUUUACAUCUGAAACUACUCAUCUCGAUGCAUUAACAUUAAUGCAAUCAUUUUAAUGAAGCGUAAAAAAACGAGAGCUGUGGUACCAGUUGGCGAAUCAGACAAAGAAUGUACUGGGGUGUUGGUUUUGCUUUACCCCGGUGUUGUGUGGUUGAUCUGAGCUGGAAUCAAAGCUUUCCUUUUGGGCUGUGUAGCUCUGGUGACCACUAUUUCUUUUAUGGUUACAUCGUCACUUUCCCUCUGCAGGACUACAGCGGGAUCAUGUCGGGGCUGGGGUCGGAUUCUUGGUGGAAGAAAACUCUGUAUUUGACCGGGGGUGCUCUGCUCGCCGCCGCUGCCUAUCUUUUACAUGAGCUGCUUGCCAUCAGAAAAGAGCAGAAGGUAGAUUCAAAAGAUGCAAUUAUUCUUCAUCAAUUCUCAAGGCCAAAGAAUGGAGCUCCUAGUUUAUCACCAUUUUGCUUGAAGAUGGAAACAUACCUUCGAAUGGUGGAUUUACCCUAUCAGAAUUAUUUUGAUGGCAAACUUUCUCCUCAAGGGAAGAUGCCAUGGAUUGAAUACAACAACGAGAAAGUGUCAGGCACUGAAUUCAUUAUUGACUUUUUAGAGGAUAAACUCGGAGUAAACUUAAACAAGAACCUGAACCCGCAUGAGAAAGCGGUGUCCAGAACAGUGACUAGAAUGGUUGAAGAGCACUUUUAUUGGACUAUUGCUUAUUGCCAGUGGGUUGACAAUCUCCAUGAGACCAAGAAGAUGCUUUCCCUCUCAGGCCCGCUCAGUGACCUUCUCAAGUGGAUCCUCAGUCACCUCACCAGGGGCAUCGUGAAGCGAGAGAUGUAUGGACAUGGGAUAGGGCGAUUCUCCAAGGAGGAAAUCUAUGCACUGAUGGAAAAAGACAUGCGGACAUUAGCAACUUUAUUAGGUGAUAAGAAAUAUAUAAUGGGACCACAGCUUUCCACAGUAGAUGCCACUGUGUUCGGGCAUUUGGCUCAGGCUAUGUGGACACUACCUGGGACAAGACCUGAGCAACUGAUUAAGGGGGAGCUUAUUAAUCUGGCCAUGUACUGUGAGAGGAUAAGGAGGAAGUUCUGGCCUGAGUGGUGCAAUGACUACAGCGACUUGCUUUAUGAUUAUGAAGAAACCAGCGAGGACAGCUUGACACCAACACAGCUGCACAGCUAUGGCUUGUACUCAAGGACUGAGACUUUCGACGAAGAAGUAACCGAUAACAGCUUCUCCUGCUCCCAGACCCCAGAUACAGAUUAUACUGGCCACUCGCUCUUCGACUCCGACUUGGACGUGGAAGAGUCCGAUCAAGAGCAGUACAAAACGGAAUCAUUUAAAUAAAGAAGACAGCAUGGGUGUUGGAUCCUGCUGAAGUCGAGCAUUAAACUCUUGCUGAAGCUGCUAAUAACUUGAACAGCAAUCUAUGGACAGCUGUAUUAGAAUAUGUUUUAGUAAUCAUUUUACAGACUAAUGGAAUUUAAACGUCUGACUUCAAAAGAGACAAUAACGAAACACUGUCUAAAUGUUUACUGAGACUCUGAGAAAUAAUUACCACCCCUGAGAACAAGUGAUCCAGCAACAGGUAUUUUUGGACAUUUUUUUUUAAGAAACUAAACUCAUGAAUGUUGUGUGUAUUGAGUCAUAUUAUUGUGCCACCCAGUACUCAAAAGCAUGAACUGAAUGAUAGAUGCAGAUACGUGGUUUCAUGUUAUUUAUUUAGAUUUGUAUCCCAGAAUAUAACAUAAACUUUUAAAUGGCAUGCUGUUCCUACAUAGAAAAAUGAGGCUUCCCCACCAAUAACUGAUAAUGGUUUUUAAAUGUCUGCCAUUUGGCAAACAAAGACUUUUCUUGGGUCUUGUAGUUAACUGUCAGCUUAAAAUACUUUGAAAUGAAAAUUUCUAUUUAAAUUAGUCUCUUAUUUAUAAUACAUACUUUUUGGUAGUUUAUUUUGAUUUUCAUUAAUAAGAGAGACUUUUGAUAAUCUAACCCAGUAGGGACUGGACCUGUUAAUGCUUUGUUCUGAGUGCUGAUCAUAGUCUGUAUUUAUGUUUCUGAUACUAUCCCAAUUUAUAUUUUAUUAAAUAUGGAAAUACACAGACAGCUAUAUGGGUACUUUGUCAUUUAAAUAUUACUUUCAAAAGACGACCUUCACUGCACCAUACAUAUUUGCAGUUAUAUUUAAAUUAGUUGAGGUUUAUCAUAAAUACAUGUGUUAUAGAAUCGCAUGUCUUUGUAGUUACUGUGUAAUUGCAUUGAUAUUAAUGAAACUUAAAGUAAAGCAUUACAAAUGUUUUCCUAUAAAAAAUAUCACCACAGUUAUAUAUUCUUUCAUCGUCAACUGUAUCAUAUAAUGUGUAAUUAUUUUUUGCUCUAUUUAUUUAGCUAUGCAGUGAAAUGACCAAAACAAGUCCUGGCAAAAUGGGUUUAAAUGAUAUUGAGUCACUUUUUCAACUCUUUACCUCCAGUCUUUAAAAAAAUAUUUUUUGUAAGAAUAAAAAUCAUGUUAAUGUUAUACAAAGAAAACAAACACAUUAAAGAGUACUUAAGAAAACUUGGGUUACAUUACUUAUACCCCGUUUCCACUAGCCACACUUGAGUGAAUCUCUGCCUGGCUGUGCCGCGACGCUUCAGCUAAAGAUGGCUGCCAUGGAUGUGCACUGGAAUUUCGUUAGGUACAGCUGACCGUGGAAGUGACUGUGGUACACCAAAUGUCAAACGGCAUUCUGGGACACUCGCAAUUCUGGGAUUUAGAGGCUACAGUAGCGUUUGUUUUGUAAACAUGGAGAUUGAAAGAAGCCUUGUUGCCAUUUUCCUUUUUGUUUUACAUACUAUAAUUAAUACCCUUAUAAAUUGUAAUCUGCCUAUCGAUUCCAAAAAGCGGAAAGCAACUGACAGUGUUUUUAGUUUCUUUAUUUUGUCACUGCACUGUAUUGUAGUCUGAUGCAGUCCUUUGUCCAGCAGGAUUUUCUCGAUCUUUUCAAACACUUUUUCCUGUGUGGCACUUUCCGACCAUACAUAUAUAAGUGCUCUAAUUUCAUCCUCUUCCCAAGGUAAAUGCAUACGUUCAUUUUUUGUUAAAAAAAAAAAAGAAUCAUCUCGCGCAAUGGAUUGCGUCUGCCAUUGUUGUAGUUAAAAUUUCAAAAUGCAGUGACGUUGCAGCUGGGUACGUAGGGGAACGUAAGGGUACUCCCGCCCAAACUAGUUUGGGACUCAGCGGGUGCGACAUACAAAACUGUUCCUCCUGAAACCAGUUUGGGUCCACGUGGAGGUUUACCUGAGCCUGAGUGGAAAUGGCUCGGACUCAGAUGAACUUGCAGAGGUGCACUCAAGCGUGGCAAGUGGAAUACAAAUGGCAAAAUCGUAGAUGAAGGAAAAAAAAUAGCAAAUAUAUUAAAUGAUUACUUUUCACAAGUUU